UUCGUUCCAAUAAGAAAAUGCUGUUAUUGGUUGGAGGAUUGCCUCCCGGACCUGACCGGCUACCCAGCAAUUUGGUUCAGUAUUAUGAUGAUGAAAAGAAGACAUGGAAAAUACUGACAAUUAUGCCAUACAACAGUGCCCAUCACUGCGUCGUGGAAGUGGAAAACUUCUUGUUCGUGCUGGGAGGAGAAGACCAGUGGAACCCUAAUGGGAAACACAGUACAAACUUUGUUAGCCGAUACGAUCCCAGGUUUAACAGCUGGAUACAACUUCCACCCAUGCAAGAGAGGAGAGCCAGUUUCUACGCCUGCCGCCUCGACAAGAACUUGUAUGUCAUCGGUGGAAGAAACGAAACUGGCUACUUGUCCAGCGUGGAGUGCUACAACCUGGAGACAAACGAGUGGCGCUACGUGUCCUCGCUACCCCAGCCCCUGGCAGCCCACGCAGGAGCCGUCCACAAUGGCAAGAUAUAUAUUUCAGGAGGUGUUCACAAUGGAGAAUACGUCCCCUGGCUGUACUGCUAUGACCCUGUGAUGGACGUCUGGGCCCGAAAACAGGACAUGAACACAAAACGAGCAAUCCACACUCUGGCUGUAAUGAAUGAUCGACUGUAUGCAAUUGGAGGGAACCAUUUGAAAGGUUUCUCCCAUCUCGACGUAAUGCUUGUGGAAUGUUACGAUCCAAAAGGUGACCAGUGGAACAUCCUGCAGACUCCUAUUCUGGAGGGUCGCAGUGGCCCUGGCUGUGCAGUCCUUGAUGACAGUAUUUACCUUGUAGGAGGCUACAGCUGGAGUAUGGGAGCCUACAAAUCUUCUACCAUUUGCUACAGUCCUGAGAAGGGGACUUGGACAGAGCUGGAAGGUGACGUUGCGGAGCCCCUGGCAGGACCUGCGUGUUCGACUGUGGUAUUGCCGGCCUGCGUCCCGUACAACAAGUGAUGGGCCAGGAGCACUGACACGAACACUGAGUGCAUUUGGGAAAAUAAUGACGGGUGACGUAAAUAUUUUAUUAGAACAGAGUUCCUGGUAAAACAAAGCUACCAUAAUUGACCCCUCAUUCCAUGUUUAUGCUUUAGGAGCAAACUAAAAGAAAAGAAAAACCAAGCGUUGUCCCAUCUCAGAUAGGUGCCGGUGUCUUAAGAAGCGAGAAGCUAAAACACACCGAACAUUACAUGCUGACAGACUGCCAUUUCAGACUGAUUUAAACUUUUCCUGCUGCAGAGACACUCCUCACAUCAAAUUUAACUUAAAAAAAAAAUGAUGGCUAACUUUUCAAAUAGAGCCUGAAGAGACAAGAUCAGUAUUGUGCAUUGUAUCUACCUGCAUGUGAUCUGUGUUGAAGUCAUGAGGAUGUUGUUUUCAUGAAUGUUUCAGAAUUCAGAUAGUGAAAAGCUCACACUGCAUUGCAGAAUUGUCUCCUCCUCUGUAAUCCUAACCUACAACUACUUCAUAUGCUCUGCAAGCAACACAGCAUCAGAAGAUUAUAAAAGGUAAAGAAAUAUCAUUCAGUUUUUGCGCAGCUUGGCAACUAAUACACUCUGCCUUCAAAGUCCCCAUGUGCAAGUGCAGCAGAAAGCAGACUACAAUGAAAGCUAUGCUUUACAGAGCACUUCUUGCAAUAGCAGCUUAGGGAUUAGGAUCAAAUUCUGCUAAUCACGCUUGUGUAAAGUCAGAACCAUUUCACUGAAAUCACAUGGAAUGACUGGUUCUACAUUAGUAUAACAGAAUUUGGAUCCUACAGCUUAAAAUCUGGCUUUGAAAAGUAAGUUAUUUCUAUGACCACUUAACGAAGCACCAGAAACCUUACUUCCUUUUCACUAACCUGUUAGAUAUCAGCAUCUGUGUAAGUUCUUUCCAAAGACAAGAAGACUGCAUUUAAUAAUAAAUUGAUUGCUUUGGACUCUAAAAUGCUUAGGCAUAUUUUUGGAGAGACACUGGUAAGUAGUUAAAGUAGUCCUGUGUGGUUGAUCUUAAUAUGCACUCUGUGAGAGUUUUACUAUUGAUCCAAAGUAAUAUAAGGCUAGACUUUCCACUGCCUUACAGCCUGUGUAAUUAUUUACACAUUGCAAAGCGAGUUCAGAAUGCUCCCACAUGGGACCUGUAGCAUUUGGGAUGUGCUUCAUGAAGUCAUAGCUGCUUGCACAAAUCAGAUUAUCUAUGUGUUAAGCUUAUGUAUUUCUGUCCUGGCUUUGCAAAAGCAGUGACAAAAUCUGAGCCUGAUUCUUCACCACCUUGCAGCUAACAGACAUAAUCAUCUGCACCUCAUUAAAGUAUGUGCAUAAUUCUUCCACUGUGGUUUACUAGUGCUGCAUCCAUCACUCUCAGGACCAUCCUCUUUACUGGUGUAAACUGACAUUGCUCCAUCGAAGCCAAUGGAUGUACUUUAUGUCAGAUAAAUAUCUGGCCUUUAAUUUGCCUAGUUGUAGCUAGCUGCACCAGAUAAAGGCAAAGGACACCGCGAUCCUGCAUUUUCAGCCCUGCACAUAUCUUUCACAAGAGGACUUAAUGCUAGUGCAUUAAACAAGGAGCAGGCAGCUACUGGAGGUUGGUUUCAGCUGCAGAGGCAAUAGAUGGGAAAAAGACUUCAUUAUUUGCUUUGCAAAAUAGAAAAAGGGUGAAUGUACACAGAAAUUACACUAUAUAUUGAUGCUUGAGAGCAAUAUAAAUAACAGAGAGCAAAUAUCAUGGGACUGUUUCUCUCUGGCGUCAGUCCAAUUUUAUUGCAACUCCCUUGCUUGCAGCAGAAUUACACAACUUGUAAAAUUGGGGUAAUGCAGUAAAGACUGGUACCACACAAAUGCAAUAAUCCAAUUGAUGAGGUAGCUGCAUGCCUGGAAAAAAAUGUUUAAACAAAAUAAUUAUCUGAAGAUGCUAAUAUUUGAAUGUGCCCUUGGGGAGUUCUCCAGUGAGCAUCACUAAGGAACUCAUAAAGGUGGAGUGUAUAUCCUGAAAUCUCAAUCCAUUUCUCCUACAUAGUGCAAUCUUAGUUGGUUUUGUAUUUAUUUAUAUUGUUCAGAUCCAAGGGAUCCCUUGUAAAAUAUAUUUGGUGCAAUCAUGACUUUUUUCCUUUCCUGUUGAAAGUAUAUAAAUAUAAAUAUAUAUAUAAAAACGAAACAGUUAAGAUACUAAAUGAAGAAACCUUGUAUGACAUUUAAAAGGUCUGCCACUGAACAUUGUCUGUCACCUGUCUCUACUAAAAUGUACCAUUUUUAAAGGAUACUUCUUGUCCUUUUAAAUGGUUCCUUUUUUUUACCAAGAUAAUUUAAAGAUUUAUGAGGACUGUAUCUAAAUCUUUCUAUCUAUCAGGAAGGCAUGACCAAGGAAACAAUGCUAACUAAAUAAGUCACACAAAGAAUGUAAAUUUUGUACAGUACUAGACUGUGUAAAUGAAGCUUGCUUGUAGGGGGGAAACUUUAAAUAAAACUUUAUGUACUAAUUCAACUGUCUGCCAUAUUCCUACUUAUAAAGUGUAUGUAUAAAUAAUAUCUACAUUAAAUUCUUUGGAACUUUUUUUAUCAU